AUGAAUGGGUUCUUUGAUAGAUUUAAAUUGGGCUCCCAGGAGAGCUAUGAGAUGGUGGAUGGUAGCCAGCUCAAUGAUGUGGAUUUGGAGCGUGGGGUAGAGGCUGAAGCUGGUCAAAGUGAUAACAGAGUUUCAAGUGAAAGCACAAGAUCGAGCUCAUCAAUAGACUCCCAGACAUCAGAGCUUCUGCUAAGCAUAAACAAAUACUCCGCCUCCAACAAUGGGGUGGAGGACUUCACUUCGAAUCCUAAAUUUUUGGCUGCAAAAAGUGGUGGUAUAAGGAGAAAGUUCUGUCUUUUCAUAAUAAUCAUAGGAAUAUGUCUUUGGGCUUUAUUGCUGCUGGCAUAUUCCCUAGGUGCAGAGCGACAUUAUGAUUAUGCCAAAAACUUUCACAAAGGUAAUAAAACAACCAAUGGAUCAACAAUCAUUUCAAGCUCUACAAUUUCAAGUGCGGUAAUAAGGCCCACAAAAUCCAUAAUACCACUGGUGGAAUAUGAUAUUCACACGUCACUAGAACCAAUACCAACUAAAUCCCUGGGUACAGACCUGUUGAUGGAUGACGUUCAAUUUCUGCAAGCCGGUGCCACUAAAUUAUCAAAGAAAGAAGAUGAAGGUUACUAUGUUCUCAAACAAAACAAUGACUUCGUUAUUAAGAAACUUUCAGAUAGAGCAUAUUCCCAGAUUUUGAUGAAAGAUACGACAUUUAAGUUUAGGGAGCAAGAGCAUAUCAUUACCUCUGUUACUCCAAAUUAUAAUGUAACAUAUGGUAUUGUACAAUCAGAUUUUGAAAGUGUUUUCAGACAUUCAGGAAAGAGCAAAUUCUGGCUAUAUGACUUCAAUGCUGGUGAGUUUACUCCUAUUGUUGGUGAUUUAGAGGAUGAAAAACUUUCUCUUGCAGCUUGGUCGCCAAAUUUCAACUACGUGACAUUUGUUCAAGCCAAUAAUCUUUAUAUUUAUGACGUCAGGGAGAAAAAGUCAACAAAGAUAACAAACGAUGGCUCUGUUGAUAUUUUGAAUGGUAGAACAGACUGGGUUUACGAAGAAGAGGUUUUUGCUACUGAUCAUGCGUUUUGGUGGGCGCCAGAUGAUUCAAACUUGAUAUACAUGAGAACCGAUGAUUCAAAAGUUCAUACUCAAGAUCUAGAAUAUUUCAUCUCAAAUGAUCAAUACCCUAAAGUUGAUAAAAUAAAAUACCCAAAGCCAGGCAGUGCCAACCCUAUUGUCUCAUUGUAUCAAUAUAACAUUAAGGCAGGUGAAGUUUCCAAGAUAGAUAGAGCAGGUUCCUCACUGGGUGAUGAUUUCAUUGUUUACAAUUGUCAAUGGAUUGAUGAAACAAAUUUUGUUAUACGUGAAGCUGAUCGAGAGUCAAACAUACUGAAUUACAGAGUGUACAAUCCAGAGGACAAGUCAUCUAAGGUAACAUAUACUGUUGAUGCAGUGAAGGAAUAUGGUGGUUGGAUUGAUAAGUUUGGUGAAAUAUUUCCAGUCCCAAGGAAUAGUUCCGCUGGCCGUGAAACGCCUGGGUUUAUUGAUAUAAUUGUUGUGGAUGGCUAUAACCAUUUGGCCUAUUUUGAUAGUGCAGAUAGUCUAAAUCCAAUACCGUUGACUAGUGGUCAAUGGGAAGUUACUAGUGAUGUUUUAUCUUUUGAUUCUGAGGAGAAUCUGAUUUACUUCACCGCUAAUAGGCAAUCAAAUUUUGAAAACCACUUAUAUUCUUUGAACCUUCAAACCAAGCAAUUGAUAGCUAUGUCAGAAAUUGAUGAAAUAGGCUACUUUUAUGCAUCUUUCUCACCAUCGUCUAGAUUUUCAGUGCUCACAAAGAAUGGGCCAAGUUUUCCAUUGAUGUAUGCUCAAAACAGUUUGCGUAAAAGAGGUGUUUUAAGCUUUACUGGUGAGAAUAAAUCAUUCCAUAAAGUUCAAGUUGAUGAAGAUUCUGAUGGAAACCCAGUCACUGUUAAUGUCAUUGAGGUACUGCCUAAACAUUUUGAUGAAAAUGGUAAACACCCUUUGUUGGUGAAUGUUUAUGGUGGUCCAGGGUCACAAAAGGUUACCUCGAAGUUUUCUGUGGGUUUCGAAGAUUCAAUUUCAGAGCGUUUUAAUGCAGUUAUACUGUUUAUUGAUCCAAGAGGGACAGGUGGUCAAGGUUGGAGAUAUAGAUCAUGGAGUCGUGGUCAUAUAGGGCAUUGGGAACCGAGAGACAUCACAAGUCUGACUAAAAAAUGGAUAGAUUCAAGAACUUAUAUUGAUGAAGAAAAAACUGCAAUUUGGGGCUGGUCUUAUGGUGGAUUCACGACACUGAAAACAUUGGAAUUUGAUCAAGGAAAUGUCUUCAAGUAUGGUAUGAGUGUUGCUCCGGUUACUGAUUGGUCAUUGUAUGAUUCAAUCUAUACUGAACGAUUUAUGGAUAAACCAGAAAAUAAUAAGCAAGGAUAUGGUGAGUCUCGUAUUAAUGAUGUUGAUGGAUUCAGAACUGUGAAAAGAUUUUUAGUGAUGCAUGGAACAGGUGAUGAUAAUGUUCAUAUUCAAAAUUCAUUAAGGCUAUUUGAUAAGUUUAACUUAGUUGAUGUGAGGAACUACGAUAUGCAAUUAUUUCCAGAUUCAAAUCAUAAUAUCAAUUCUCAUAAUUCACACAUCAUUAUUUACAAAAAGUUAGAAACAUGGCUCAUUAAUGCAUUUGAAGGUCAUUUUGAUGAAAUCGCAUAUUGA